AUGAGAGCCAGCAUUGCAACUUUGAACAACAACAACAGCCCAACCUUUGGUCCGAAUACAACAACAGCCUCUAACACGACCUUGUCUUCACUGAAGGGUGGUGCUUCAUCGGGAUUUUCAACGGUUGGGGAAUUGCAGGCUUUUAUCAAUUAUAAUUGCAGAAGAAAGUACUACAGCUCGAUCACUGAGGUUUGUGAGUUGUUUUUAACGAGAGCUGAGGAUCCGAUCGUGAGAUUAUGGAAUUCUUUUGGACAUUGUAUGCAAGGAAAUUUGAGCGAAGCCAUCCGAGGAUACAACAUGAUCAAGGACAGAAAGGAAGUUCAAUUGGCUUCAUACAUUGGUUUGGUGGCUGCCCAUGAACAAUCGGCCAUUCAAGACGAACAAGAAAUUGAAACUCUAAAAACAUUUAUUGAAAUGGAACGGGGAUCGGCCCAAAACUCUGCCAAACUACAAGCAGCGUUAUUAUAUCUGCAUUUGGGAGAAUUUGAUGAAUGCAGAAAUAUUCUGGAAGAUAUUGAUGACAAAUAUAAGGACCCAUACACCAACUUGGAAACAGUCAAAGCAUGGGCAACGUUAUUGGAUGAUGAAAUAGAACUCGUAAAUUGCGAGUCAUUGUUUGACGCUUGCAUUAAGGCCGACCCAAAAAAUCUUGACGCCAUGAUGGGAAAAGCAAAAAAUGCAGAAAAACAACGAAAAAUACAACAAGCGGUCGAUAUUUGCAGUCAAAUCAGUUUGGCAUUUCAAAAUUUCUCACCUGCUCUUGUUGAAAAAUGUCUCUUGCUGAUUCAACUUGAUGAUUGGGAUCAAUGUCGAGAGACUGCUCUUCGAAUUAUCCAAAAACAAGACCCUAACAAUGUGGAUGCAAUGUAUAUUAAUUUAUUGUAUUUAUUUGUGAAAGGUUCACAAUAUGAAGAUCUUGUGAAUCAAUUCAAUGAAUUAUUUAAAGCCAUCACAAAGAGAGAGGCCAAGAAUGAUAAAUUAUGCUUCUCAUUGGCCAAAACGUUCUCAUCACUCUCCGAAGGAAAAGAAGAAUUGUUGAAAAAGUCACUCGAUUUGCUCAACCUGGCUAAAAAAGCCAAUCCUAUCGAGGCAGACUAUUUCAUUCUUCAGGGACAUAUCCAAGUAAUGAUGAAGGAUUUUAUUAAUGCAGAAACAUCCUUCAGAAAAGCUCUCGAGUUGAAUGAUGGAAGUAUUUUGGCGAACAAGGGACUUUUCAAAUGCUCCAUUCUACAGAAUAAGAAAGACGUGGCAACUCAAUACAGAGAUUUUCUUGGAGAUAUUGAAGUCAUCAUGGACGAACAGGACGACGAUGUUCAUGAAGAGUCAGCACAAGAAAACAAAUCUGAACUCUUAUUCUUGAUGGCUCUGUAUGAACAUAGAUGCAACAAAAAUUUGGAGAAUUUUACCAAAUCACUCUCUGAUGCGUAUGCUCUCCAUGAAAAGGAACUCAGAUCCAUGAAGAAAAGCAUUGAAUAUUAUGGCAUCUUGAAUCCUCAAUUUAUUUUGGAAAUUUGCAAUGAGUUAAUUCGUUCCAUCCCAAGCGAACCAUUGGGACCCACAGAUCCACCCACCGAGGAGCUUUCCUUGUGUUCUAAAAUUCUCACUUCCCUCACAUCAGAAGUACCAGGACUCAUGCUUCCCCAAUUACUGUUAGCUAAAACGAAAUUCAUUAUGAGAGAUUUCGAAUCAGCACAGCGCAUUUUAGCACGUGUGUUGCAAUUCGAUCCCAAGAGCUCACAAGCACAUAUUCUGUUAGCACAAAUUGCAUAUUACCAAGAAAAUUAUGCACUUGCUACCACCGAAUUGGAGAGAGCAGUGAGCUAUGAUUUUGCUGUGACAAAACAAGCAGACUACAAUUUGUUGAAGGCUAAAGUACUUGCUUCUAAAGGAGAAACCAAAGAUGCCAUUCAAAAUUUAGAGAGAAUCCUUAAGGCAGAAACAAUUCAACGAAAGAUUUCAGAUGAUGAACUCAUAUCCAUUUACUUGGAACUUUCAUCGGUUCACUCAAGAAGAAACGAACAUGUGGAAGCUGCCAAAUACAUUGAACAAGCUUUGGAAAAAUUUGCUGGCACUGAGCAAGAAGGAAGAAUUAUUAUCGCCAAUGCCAAGCUUUCCAUCAGUAGAAAUGACUCUGAUACUGCCAUUUCAAUUUUGCAAUCUGUACCACCAGAAUCUUCUUUCUAUUUACUUGCCAAGUCAGAAAUUGCCAAAAUUUACCUCAAUAGGAAUGAUAAACGUGCCUACGCCAAAUGCUAUGAAGAACUUGUGGAAAAGUCAACCAAGACUUCCUCCAGUUAUUUAUUCUUGGGUGAUGCUUUCAUGAAAAUUCAGGAACCAGAAAAAGCCAUUGAAGCCUAUCAAGAAGCACUCAGCGUUGAUCCAAAGAAUUUCUCACUGAGAAAUAAGAUAGCCAAGUCCCUAAUAUUAGUACACAAUUAUGAUGAGGCCAUUUCUUUCUAUAAGGAAGCGAUUGAUCUUGAUCAAAACAAUAUUGAUCCCAGAUAUGAUUUAGCGCAGCUUUAUCUUAAGCUUCGAAAGUUUAAGGAGGCUGAAAGUACUCUAAUUGAAACAGUAUCUGUUAUUGAAGGAAAAAAAUCGAACCAAAUUAGUUUGAUGUCUCAAUACGUUAAAGUCAUUUUGCUUCUCUCACAAGUUCACAGUAAGAUGAGUGACUUGAAAGUGGCAAUGAACGAUUUGGAACAAGCAAAGAAUAUGCAAGUCAAAAUUCUCUCAAAAUUACAAAAUUCACAACAAGACACUCUGUAUUUGGAAAAACAAAUUGCCGCAAAAAUUUGUUAUGACUUGGGAGACUACAAUAGAAAAUCUGGUGACUCUAAAACAGCAUCACUUUUAUUCAAAGAGGCACUCCAAUAUGAUGAAGCGCAUGAGUCGAGCAUGCUAGCUCUCGCAGAAAUUUACCUCAAAGAUAAUGACAUUGAGGGCUGUCAAAGCCAAUGUACAAGUUUGCUGCGAGUGAACAAGUCACAUGAGCAAGCCACCAUCAUGAUGGCAGAUAUAAUGUUCCGAAACAACAAAUUUGAAGAGGCUAUCGAACAUUUUCAAACAUUCCUACAUCACAAACCAAAUAAUUAUAAGGCUCUCGUAAAAUUAUUGACUCUUCUUAGAAGAGCUGGAAAACUCGACGAGGCAGAACCAUUUCUAAAAGAAGCACAAAAUUUCUCUCCCAAGGAAGAAUAUGAUCCAGGUUUCAACUACUGUAAUGGGCUCUAUCACUUGUACAGAAACAAUGCAAGAGAAUCAUUGGUUUGGUUCAAUAGAGCUAGAAAAAGUGGUGACUGGGGAGAAAUGGCCACUGUCUACAUGAUUGAGACAUACCUUAAUCCAGAUACAACUGUUGAAAGCUCUGAAGUUGAUCAAAAAGAAAAAAAUCCCAAGACCAUGGUGAGCGAAAACAGAAUGGAAAGUAUUACUGCAGCAGAAAGAUUAUUGGAAGAGCUUACAACUACAACCAUUUCACCACACAAAAAGAAAACUCUACAAGGAUAUCUCAAGCUUGCAAAAUGCAAAACAAAGGAUGAAAUGGAGAAGUGCAUUCCAUUUUUUGGUGAGGUGUUGUCACAAGACUCAGAUUAUGUACCAGCACUAGUUGCGCUAUCGUAUGCAUUCGAGAAGACCAAACAAACACCAAAAGCCAGACAAACCUUAAAAAGAAUUUCAAAAAUGGAAAUGAAACCUGGAUGGGAAGAUGAUUUCGAACGAGGAUGGUUAUUACUCGCGGAUAUUUAUAUUGGAGGUGGAAAGUUUGAUUUGGCACAAGAACUCAUUAAGAAGAUUUUAGAAAUCAACAAGUCAUGCACUCGAGCAUGGGAAUUGGAUGGAUUAAUCUAUGAAAAAGAAGGUUCUUUCCAAGAUGCUGCCAACUGCUAUGAAAAGGCAUGGAAGUUGUCAGGUGAGUCCUCGCCGAAUUCUGGCUACAAACUUGCAUUCAAUCUAUUGAAAGCAAAACGACACAUUGAAGCCAUUAAUGUUUGUCACAAAGUUUUGCAAAAACAUCCAAACUAUCCAAAAAUUAAGAAGGAGGUUCUAGAUAAGGCUCGACUUUGUAUUCGACCAUAA